CGCGAACUGUGACAUUAGCAGAACAGAUAAAGGCCUGAAGGGUAACUAUAUAGCGUAUAUAGGUUUUACAUAGUUUGUAAUUGCACCAGCAAAUUAGCUGUACCAAAUGGACGAAGACGAAACCACGCUUCAACAAAGAUUGGCUUCGCUAUUAGAAUCGAUCAAUUUACUAAAGACUGAAAGAGACGAACUCAAGGAUAAGAUUGGGAAACAGCAAUUAAACAGUAGUUCAUCUUACUCUACUCACUCCGGUUCAUCUCGUUCUAGUUACACAUCAUUUAAUAUAAAAGACUCUUGUGAAGACAUUCGGGAAUCUAUAAUUAACACAACUAAGCAACUCGAACGCAGUGAACGCUUGUAUAGAAUUAACGUCCAAGGAUUAGAAAAUGGGGUAAGCGUAUUGGGUUUAGCAUCCACUCUUUUAUCUGACACUUUUAUUCAAGUGUAGUUUUUGCCUGCAGGGUGAGUAUAACGACUGCCGUUUUUUGGGGGGUAAUUUUCCUUUCCUUGUUGUUGUAUUAAUUAUAACCUGGUCUUCAUCGCUACUGUAUCCAUAGAGAUAAAUAAUAAAACUUAUGUUUUGUAAAAUAAUGUGAAUCGUGCCUUUUGCGAGAACGAAAGAACGUUUUGUUUUUAACUUAAACUUUUAUUUCCAAAUAAUAUGGCAUUUUGUUUCUUGCUUUAAACUGUAUAU